CUGAUCACAAAAUCUCACCGUGACAACAGGUUGUUGGCCGAGAUCAUUUUUCUAUAACACGACAUAAAGAGGCUCAUUAUUUUUGUCAUCACAUUUUCCAGCAGACUAUGGGUCAUAAUUGAACAGCAGAGAACCCUACCACAACUCUCUAACCAUCCUCUCCAUCAUGCCCGAAAUGGAAUAUCUCAUCCGCUUCUCUCAGUCUCACGAGACUUUUCGUCUCCCCGAGAUUGAGGCCCUAGCAAUAGUAGAAGGCAUCGAUCUCAAAGUCAUCUCAUACAGUCUAGAGUCCCCCUUCUGCAUAGUUUCCCUCCCCUCCGCCAGUGCCGCCAGGCGCCUCAUCGCUCGCUCCAUCCUCGUAAUCUCCAUCCACGAGCUCUGGGGCCACGGCGCCACCCUCCCGGAAGUCCACAGCUCCGUCCGCUCUCACACCGAGCCCCUAUGGUCCCAAUACUUGUCCUGCUCCUUCAAGUUCACCAUCGACUCCUACCAAGGCUCUCGCACCAACGACCAAAAACUCUCCAUCAUCAACUCCUUCGCCUACCUCGGAUUCGCCGGCCCCAUCAAGAUGCGCGACCCUGACGAGGAAUUCAUCCUAUUUGAAGACUGGCCGUGGAACUCCACACCUCUCGGCAUCCCCGAUCCAAAGUACUACUACUUUGGUCGGUACUUGGGUACAUCUUCCCGGGAGACGCUGCCCAAGAAGUUGGACCUCAAAAAGAGAAGAUACAUCUCCACAACCUCCAUGGACGCCGAACUGGCCCUGGUCACGGCCAACAUUGCCCUGGCGGCACCGGGAAAACUGAUCUACGACCCCUUCGUCGGCACCGGUUCCUUCCCGAUUGCCUGCGCGCAAUUCGGCGCUUUGACGUUUGGGUCCGAUAUUGACGGGCGCAGCAUCCGAGGUGACGAGAAGAAGAGGACCCUGAGGGGGAACUUUGAGCAAUACGGCCUUACCCAAAACUUGGGUGGGAUGUUCACUGCUGAUUUGACCAACACGCCUAUACGCAAAUCUGCCCUUGGCACUUCCACUUCUGCCUCCUCCCCCGCUGGACAACCAAAAAGUGACGGGGUAAGCGGCAGGAUAUUCGACGCGGUAGUGUGCGACCCGCCCUACGGGGUGCGCGAAGGGCUGAAGGUGUUGGGGGUCAAGGACCCGGAGAAGUGUCCGUGGGUGAUCCCCAAGGGCAUGGAGAUGUACAAGGAUCCGGAUUUCAUCCCGCCUAGGAAGCCGUACAGCUUUUUGUUGAUGUUGGAUGAUAUCCUGCAGUUCUCGGCGCAGACGCUGGUGGAUGGGGGCCGACUGUCGUUCUGGAUGCCGACGGCGAAUGACCAGGAUCAGGAGAUUCCGGUACCGCAGCAUCCUUAUAUGGAGGUUGUGGCUGUUUGUGUGCAGGACUUUAACAAAUGGUCCCGACGACUAAUAACAUAUCGCCGUAUUCCCGAUGCCCAAGUUGAGGCUGCAGCCAUCAAGGCAUAUGAGCAGGCCAAGGCAGAACGGGCCGUCGAAGAAGGCAAGACGGCGGACGACCUGAACCCUUUCCGUAACGCCUACUUCAAGGGGUUCAAAAACUGAUUUCAUAUAUCAACACUCUGCCUUGCCAGCUUGUUGUACGGCUACGCAUGUGACACACAUAUGUGUACGCUCUUCCAGUUGUGUUCCAUUCAGAUACCCCCUUGAAGAUUUAGACAUGUACAAGAAAUGAGUCUC